UAACCAGAGUCCACGUGGCUAGAUCAAACGGUCCACGUGGAUGACAUGCAGGAAAGGAAACCCCUCUCUCCCCUCCUCCAACUCAGAACUUCCAUGAAGAAAACAGCUAUCCGCAUCACCCAACAGUCGACCAAGAUUUCCCCACCCUGAGAAGCCAUUUCCACAUCCGUACGAAGCUCACACAGAACCGCGUACCACCCAUAUAUAUAAACACUUCAACAGAGAAAAGGGAGAGGAUUUCGAUUCAACUUUGUGAUAUAGCGGUCGGUAAUCAAUGGCUGAGCAGAGUAGCAGCGGCGGUGGCGGGAGCUUCAACAGCUUCUACGAGACAUGGUUCCAGCAGCUGCACCAGCUGGUCCGUCAGCUCCGGCUGUGUCCCAACCCGCCCACCACCCACGACCACCGCGCCGCCGUCUCGAACCUCGUGCAAACCAUCAUGUCCCACUACUCCGAUUACUACCAGGUGAAGUCAGCUGCGGCGGAGCGCGACGUGCUGCAGAUGUUCACGGCGCCUUGGGCCACCUCCCUGGAGCGAUCCCUCCACUGGAUCGCGGGUUGGAGGCCGACCACGCUGUUCCACCUCGUCUACACGGAGUCGAGCAUCCUGUUCGAGUCCCACAUCGUCGACAUUCUGAAGGGGUUGAAGACGGGGGACCUCGGCGACCUGUCCCCGACCCAGUUUCGACGCGUGAGCGAGCUGCAGUGCGACACGGUGAGGGAGGAGAAUGCCAUUACCGAUGAGCUGUCGGAGUGGCAGGACGGGGCGAGCGAUCUGGUGGGCUGCUCGACGGAGGGUGUGGAGAGGAAAGUGAGGAAGCUGGUGGGGAUCCUGAGGAAGGCGGACGAUCUGAGGUUGAAGACGGUGAGGCGGGUGGUGGAGCUGCUGACUCCGCAGCAGGCUGUGGAGUUCUUGAUAGCUGCGGCGGAGUUGCAGUUUGGUGUCCGCGGUUGGGGACAAGACCAGGAUGGCGUUCGUCGGUGUUGUUGAUACUGGAAGACAACGGACGAUCUGUGGUUGGAGACAGCGAGGCGCGAGUGGUGGAGCUGUUGGCUCCCCCCAGAGGCUGUGGAGUUCUUGAUAGCUGCAGCGAGGUUGCAGUUUGGUGUCCCUGGCUGGGGACAAGAACAGGAAAGGAUGGCCUUCGCCGCUGCUGAUACAACAAGUCGACUUCAAUCUUUCCUCAAUAGCAGCACAGUUUUAUUGUUAGCAAGUGCAAGACCAAGUUUACUAUGCUGUUAGAUAUGGCAUUGCAGGAGUGUAGCUAGCUAGGUAGACAAGACGAGACAGUGACAUGGAUCAGCAAUUGUUUCAGUGCUUUGCUUCACCUGUUAUAAUGUUGUCCCUCGCUACCCAAAUAAAAUAAAAUUUUGUGG